UUUACCAUGGAAACGAUUCAAAUUCAAUGCAGCUGCAGUUCAUGUACUACUGGUAUCUUUUUGCUUCACGUCAGCUUAAAAAUAUAGCGAAAUAGUGUUAUUUUGAUUCUACUUUUGACUAUCAGAAGUAAACUACCGUUUUCGAUGUACGGAAUUGUGUUGUAGUUCGUAUUAAGUAGUUUCUGACCGGUUUGUACUGUGUGCUAAAUCAGGCUGGCAACGCAGCAACACGACAUAAACAAGAAAGGACAGAUAAGGGUGCAGAGGAGGGAUGCUGCUCGUGCUGGUGUCGUUGAUCUGCUGUGUCUCUGUAGCUGAGGCCUGUCUGCAGUGUGACCGUGGGAUCAGACUCCUCCAUGAGGACUUUGCCCUGUCUGCUCCCUCCGUUGACGACCAGAUAGAACUGAAAAAGAUUUGUGAUCAUGCCUAUGUGAUGUACGAAGAGACCAGCCGUGAAAGAAAGGGAGUCAUAGAUCCCACCACUCUAUACAGAGUCAAAACUGAGUACCAGAGUGAAUUUGAUCGCUUCUUGGAGACCCAGCACACAGGAUCUGUGACAUUUGAGGCCAUUAUGAUCAUGGAGAAGGGCAGGAAGAUCUUAGAAAAACACUUGGACACAUUUAUCCAGGAUGGACUGUGCCCUAACAAGUGUGGGCUUUUAAGACGAAGAAUAAUGGAUUGCUUUUCCUGCCGCUACAAGAUAUACAUCUGCCCCUCUCCCUCUGGACAGCAGGAUUGCGGAGAGUACCCGGUGCAGGCCGAGGAGGGAGGACAGGCUGUGCUGAACUGUUUCCUUCCAUGGCAUCGUCUUCUACUAGGGACACCAGAGUACCAUUAUGCAUGGGCCCCUGGUGUGCCAGGAGCUAAAAAGGUCUCUUUGCCAUCACUGGUUCCCUCUUGGCUGAUUGAAAGUGACUUCAGUACCUUGGUAGUGACUGAUGACUCGACUGUGGUCUUAAAUCAACUACGUGUGAAUGAACAAGGAACAUAUCGCUGCUCUCUGAGAGGCCCAAAUGGAACUGUCUUCUAUCAAGUCACUUUUCUGCUCACUGUUUCCCCUUUACCUAAGCAAACCCACCGCCCUGUGGGCACUCUGCCUCGCCUGCCUCAUGGAGAAUCACUUUCUCAACCCACUGAGGUCCUGCUGGUGCCAUUUAUCGCCAUGGUUACUGCCCUCAGUCUGACAGCCAGCAUAGGCCUCACAGUUGUCCUGGGGUUGAUGAUGAAGCAGAGAAAAGCCGCAGCAGAGGCGAGAAGAGGGAGGAGGGAAUAAGAAAUAAAACCCAUUGAAGCACAGUGAUGCUUUUGUUUACAGAACUGGCAUGACAGGAGGUUUCACUCACUCCAGGUUGGAGCAUUUCUCAAAAGAUUUCCCAGAAUGAAUUGCAAAGUCAUGUUCAGAAAUGACAUGGAAGUGAGAAAACAUGCACGUAGGAUUUCUAUUGGGUCAUGUUUAUCUUAAAUAUUGAAAAAAAUAAGUGGAUAGUUUUUGCAGUGGAUGCUGAACUCCCACUCAUAAAACAGAAAGUUUUUGGUGUAGUAAAACCACAACACACCCACACUAGAACUCCCCCAGAAACCACUCAUUUUUCCGUAACACUGAACACGAGCCCACCUAAACACUCAGUGAUCUGAACCCAGCAGGCACACGUUCCCCCUCAAUGGAGCGGUGGCGUUGUCACGUGGGUGUUUGUAAGAGGAGUCGGGGAUGAGGUAAAUCUCCCGGAUUACAGUGUUUUUCAGGGAUUAAUAGCUCCCAGCUAUCCAAUUAAUCUUU